ACGUGAUAAAAUUUCUAUUUGUCACAGCCGACAUUUUCCCAUUAAGAAAUUAAGCAUUUCCCCCUAUAUAUAUGUAUAAAUAGAGAGGUGGUUGUUCACUUUGAUAUUACAAAAACAAGAGUGAGAGUAAUCAUGUUGAAGCCUCAACUUAACCAAUCCCAUUCUCUUCUUAAUGUAUUGCCAAUCCAGAAGCCCUUCAUCCACGGUGACUCGGCCAACCAUUCGUCCUCCUCCGCAUACGCCCCGACCAUUCUUCGCCAACACACGUCGUUCACUAAGAAAUCCAAUGCAACUGGUGCUCGAUCAACCUCUAUUGCUGGUAACAUUAAAGCCAUAUCUGUUCCCUUUCUUACCAAGGAGACCACGGUGAAGUGUGUCAUCACAAUCCUACCUACCAUUGGCUCCACCAUUGAUGGUGUAACUAAUGCUGGUGUAAGUCUUGGUGGUGUGACCGAUGUUGUUUCUGAUCUUCUAGGCCGAUCUUUCCUCUUGGAGCUCGUUUCUAAUGACCUUGAUUCAAAUGGUAACCAGAAGACGCUGAGUGCAUACGCGAGAUAUGAACCUUUGGAUUUCGACAUCAGCAUUUACACUUAUAAAUGUAACUUUGAUGUCCCUGAAGAUUUCGGAGAAAUAGGAGCUGUGUUGGUAGAAAAUGAGUAUAGCAAGAAGAUGUUCUUCAAGAACAUUGUUCUUGAUAACGGUGUUACCUUCACUUGUGAAUCUUGGGUUCACUCCAAAAAUGAUAACCCGGAUAAAAGAAUCUUUUUCGCUGACAAGUCUUACCUUCCAUCUGAAACACCGAAUGGACUAAAGUCGUUAAGAGAGCAAGAUAUGGAAUCGCUUCGAGGCAACGGCGAAGGGGAGCGUAAAUCAUUUGAAAGGAUAUACGAUUAUGAUGUAUACAACGAUCUUGGAGCUCCGGAUGAGGAAUUAAGUUUAGCACGACCAGUACUCGGUGGUGAGAAACAUCCUUACCCAAGGCGGUGUCGCACUGGUCGCAAGAUGUCCUCUAUAGAUCCGUUAACAGAAACUAGAACUGCACUCCCUUUUUAUAUACCGACUGAUGAAGAUUUUUCUGAGAUAAAGCAAGCUACCUUUGGAGCAAAGACUUUGUACACUGCGCUCCAUGCGGUUGUACCGCUUCUAGAAUCAGUUUUUACAGAUACAACCGAAGGAUUUCCAUUAUUCACAGACAUAGACAUGCUUUUUAAUCAAGGUGUUAAUGUCCCAGCCCCUGACGAUGGAAUCCUAAGUGUUUUCCCUGCACUUUUGAAAAAGACUGAUGAUACUAAAAAUGCUGUUAUCCAGUUUGAGACCCCUGAAACCAUGGACAGAGACAGAUUCUCAUGGCUCAGCGAUGAGGAAUUUUGCAGACAAAUGCUUGCUGGUCUCAAUCCGUGUAGCAUACAAUUGGUCUCGGAAUGGCCAUUGAUGAGUAAAUUGGAUCCUGAAAUCUACGGACCAGCUGAAUCCGCAAUCACAAAGGAGAUUGUUGAGAAGGAGAUUAAAGAUUUCAUGACUUUUGACGAGGCUUUAGCACAAAAGAAAUUGUUCAUGCUAGAUUACCAUGACCUGCUCCUGCCUUAUGUUAACAAAUUAAGAGAUCUCAAAACGACAACUCUAUACGGUUCAAGAACUUUGAUGUUCCUUCAUCCCGAUGGAACAUUAAAGCCCAUAGCCAUUGAGUUAACUCACCCACCAUAUGAUGGGAAACCAGCAUGGAAACAUGUCUACACACCCGCUCAGGUUGCCACUGAUUUGUGGCUCUGGAGGCUAGCCAAGGCUCAUGUAUUGGCUCAUGAUGCUGGUUAUCACCAACUUAUUAGCCAUUGGCUAAGAACACAUUGUGCUACAGAGCCUUACAUAAUUGCCACUAACCGCCAUCUAAGCCAAAUGCAUCCUAUGAGUCGACUACUUCUCCCUCAUUGUCGUUACACUAUGCAGAUCAAUUCUCUAGCGAGACUAAUCCUCAUCAAUGCCGGUGGUAUCGUAGAGAAAAUAUUUUUUCCAGAUGAAUAUUCUAUGCAGCUUUCCUCAGAUGUAUAUGAUCAACUAUGGCGUUUUGAUCAUGAAGCACUUCCAGCUGACCUGAUUAGUAGGGGUAUGGCAGUUGAAGAUCCAACUGCACCACAUGGUUUAAAGCUUGCAAUUGAGGAUUACCCUUAUGCAAAUGAUGGUUUACUUAUUUACGAUGCCAUUAAACAAUGGGCAACUUCUUAUGUCAACCAUUAUUAUCCACAAGCGAAUCUAGUGGAAUCUGAUGAAGAGCUUCAAGCAUGGUGGAAUGAUAUUCGUACGGUUGGUCAUGGAGACAAGAAAGAUGAACCAUGGUGGCCACAGCUCAAAACCCAAGACGAUUUGAUUGGAAUUGUUUCGACUAUCAUGUGGGUGACUGCUGGCCAACAUUCAGCGGUCAAUUUCGGUCAAUAUGAUUUAGGGGGAUAUAUCCCCUAUAGGCCGACAGUUGCCAGAACUAAUAUGCCUAAUGAAGACCCCACAGAUGAAGAAUGGCAGUCGUUUAUAGAUCGACCUGAGGAUGCUUUAUUGAAAUGUUUUCCGUCCCAACUCCAAGGUAUACAAAUGUUGGUGCUUUAUGAUGUUUUAUCAAGUCAUUCGCCAGAUGAAGAAUAUAUCGGUGGAAAUACUAACGCGACAUGGGAGGCGGAGCCUACUAUAAAGGCGGCUUUUGAGGAGUUCCGUGGAAGGCUUAAUGAGCUGGAAGCAAUCAUAGACUCGAGGAACACCGAUCCCAAUUUGAAAAAUCGUUGUGGCGCAGGGUUAGUUCCGUAUCAACUAUUCAAACCGUACUCAGAAAGUGGUGUGACCGGGAGAGGUGUUGCAAACAGCAUAUCCAUUUAGUUGGAUUGUAAGUAGUAGUUUAUGUGGUAAUAAGGUCCUAAUCCAUGAUUUAGUUGUGUUUUAUCAUUAUCUGGAAUAAGUUGAUCACUUUGGUGUUAUAGAAAGCUCAUAAUGGUAUGUGUUUUAUAAUUUGGAAUAACUUCACUUAUGUGUC